CGUCACUCUGCAUCGCUCUAGGGUAAAUAUAAGCUCACACAGCUCCUCCCUUCAAGUCGAUCUCUUAUUCUUGCAUACAUAAAUAUUCGGACUGCUUGCGCCUUCCUAGCUAUUGACCUGGCUUAUAUUCUGUGGAUUAGACAAUGAGUCCCAAGAAUAUCUUAUCUACAGAGCAGAUAUCCCAGCAUAGGUCACCCGAUGACUGCUGGAUUGUCGUGGACAAUCAAGUAUGGGACGUGACGGAUUUCUUAGAAGAACAUCCAGGAGGGUCGACGAUCAUCCUGAAGUAUGCGGGUCGUGAUGCCACAAAAGCAUACUCCGAGGUCCAUGCCCCGAAUGUGAUUAGGACGGAACUGCGACCGGAGAGGAAUAUGGGUGCCUUGGAUCAAUCUACUAUCGAUAAUGAAUGGCUAAAACCACCGCCCAGUGCAAGUCCGAAGGUGGUGCUCCAGCAUGAUAAGCCACCGCUGCACACAUUAAUCAACUCCCAUGAUUUCGAAACGGUGGCUUCUUCAACGGCCAGCAAGAAAACUUGGGCGUUCUAUUCCAGCGCCUCCACCGAUCUGAUCACACGAAACGCCAACAAAUCAUGCUUCGAUCGCAUCUGGCUCAGGCCUCGGGUUUUGAGAAAUGUGCGGUCUGUAGACACCAGAACCAAGCUUCUGGGUGUAGACACGAGCCUACCCUUGUUUGUCAGCCCGGCGGCUAUGGCCAAGCUCAUCCACUCAGACGGAGAACUUGCCAUUGCAAGGGCCUGUGAAAGUAAGGGGAUAUUUCAAGGGGUUUCUAACAACUCGUCCUUCACCCUUGAGGAAAUACGAGGGGCGGCGCCAUCAGCGGAUCUCUUCUUCCAGUUAUAUGUCAACCGUGAUAGGGAGAAGUCGGCAUCGCUUCUCCAUCAAUGCUCUGCCAAUCCAAACAUCAAAGGAAUCUUUGUGACGGUCGAUGCUGCCUGGCCCGGAAAAAGAGAGGCGGACGAGCGUGUCAAGGCGGAUGAGGAUUUGACCGUCCCUAUGGCACCCUCAAAGGCCAAGAAUGAUAAGAAGGGAGGUGGCCUUGGCCGUGUCAUGGCCGGCUUUAUCGACCCUGGACUGACCUGGGAGGACUUGGCCUGGGUGCGGCAACAUACCCACCUUCCCGUGUGUCUGAAAGGCGUCAUGUCCGCGGAUGAUGCCAUUUUGGCCAUGGAGGCUGGACUUGAUGGCAUUCUUCUGAGCAACCACGGAGGCCGGAAUCUAGACACCAGCCCGCCAUCUAUCAUUACCCUGCUGGAGCUUCACAAGCGGUGUCCGGAGAUCUUCGACAGGAUGGAAAUAUAUGUCGACAGCGGGAUUCGUCGUGGGACGGAUAUCCUCAAGGCGAUCUGUCUGGGGGCAACUGCUGUUGGUAUGGGACGGAGCAUGCUCUUCGCGGUCAACUAUGGCCAAGAAGGAGUUGAGCACUUGAUUGAUAUCAUGAAGGAUGAGCUCGAAACUGCGAUGCGCAAUAUCGGUAUCACUAACCUAGAUGAGGCAGGCCCACACCUGGUCAACACGGCCGACAUCGACCAUCUCGUCCCCAAUUCUGCCUCUCACCCUUAUGCACGGAAAGUUGCCAAAGGACGACGCUCGAGACUAUGAAGCUACUCAUUUGGCCUAAGAUGGUCUAUAGGUAUCAGGUGAAUUAUUUUUUUACUCUUUCACCGAAGUGACAGAUGGCUGUCAAAGAUACGGAGCACCCCUCAUGAUCUCUCUUAGGCAUAGAUUCACUCAUCUUAAACUAGC